AUGUCGCUGUCGCCCCACUCUAAGAUGAACAAGAACGUAUCUGGCGUGCCGCUGAUGACAAAAACCCUUCACUUGAUGUGGGGCCUAAUGGUCAUCCUCUAUUCACCUCGACGCCUUCCCUCUCCCACCUCUCCCGCAACGAUGUCUGCACCUACUUCAAGCGCACUUUUGAAAUUUUUUGAGGUCCCCAUAGGUUGGAAGUUCUUUGGUAAUUUAAUGGAUGCUGGAUUAUGUUCAGUAUGUGGUGAAGAAAGUUUUGGGACUGGUUUUGAUCAUAUUCAUGAGAAAGAUGGAAUUUGGGCAGUUUUGGCAUGA